GCCUCUAGCUUCGCAGCAGCAGACUGUCAUUAGCCAGUGCUGGAGGUUCUGUGGGAUGCUGCGGAACACGCCCAGCACAUCCACCUCUCGUGCAGCCUGUGGUCUCCACUCGUUCAUUUUAGCCCGGGAAGAGGAUCUGGAGGGGAACCGCACGCAUCCUCAGCAUGUGGCGCUGCGCCGGUUGACCGCGUCAAGCCGGGGUGACUGAAAGCAAGCUGGAGAAGCUGCAGCCCCUGUGGUGACCGAUGGCCGGGUCAAACAUGAAUCCACCUUUGGCUGUGCUGGCUGUGCUGGUCCUCUCUGUCCUACUGGCAGGAUCAAGUCACGCAGCCCCUGAGAUGGACCCUUACAAAAUACUUGGAGUAACCCGGAGUGCAAGUCAGGCAGAGAUCAAGAAGGUCUACAAGCGCCUCGCCAAAGAAUGGCAUCCUGACAAAAACAAAGACCCAGGUGCUGAGGACAUGUUUAUCAAGAUCACAAAGUCUUAUGAGAUCCUGUCCAGCGAGGACAGACGUGCCAACUAUGACCGUUACGGGCAGACCGAUGACACCCAGGCUUACAGCAGCAGCCGAUACAGACAUCGCCAAGACAGCUUCUACUUCGACGAGUCGUUCUUCAACUUCCCAUUCAACACCAAGAACCAGAGAGACUUCACCGACAGCAAGUACACGCUGCACUUCAACCAGUACGUCAGCGAGGUGGUGCCUGACAGCUACAGGAGGCCGUACCUGAUAAAGAUCACCUCCGACUGGUGCUUCAGCUGCAUCCAUAUCGAGCCUGUGUGGAAGGAAGUGGUGCAAGAGAUGGAGGGUCUAGGCGUCGGAGUAGGUGUGGUCGAUGUUGGCUACGAGAGGCGUUUAGCCAAUCACCUGGGUGCGCACCGCACCCCGUCCAUACUGGGGGUCAUCAGUGGAAAGGUGACGUUUUUCCAUUACGCCGUAGCGAAAGAACACCUGAGGCAAUUUGUUGAAGACCUCCUGCCUCAGAGAGUCGUGGAGAGGAUCACCGACAAAAAUGAGAAGCAGUUCUUAAACAGCUGGCAUGAGCUCAACAAGCCACACGUGCUCCUGUUUGAUCAAGUUCCUGCCGUCCCUCUGCUGUUCAAACUAGCAGCGUUCGCUUACAAGGACUACCUGCAGUUUGGUUAUGUGGACCAGGGCCUUGCGGAGACGGCUGAACUGCAGAAACGCUUUAACAUUAACACUUACGCUCCGACCAUGCUGGUCUUCAAGGAGAACACCGACAAGCCCGCCGAUAUUAUACAAGCGAAAGGAAUGAAGAAACAAAUUAUCGACGAGUUCAUGUCAAACAACAAGUUCCUCCUUGCACCGCGGCUCGUCAAUCAGAAGCUCUUUGAUGAGCUCUGUCCUGUCAAACAGUUUCACAGACGCAGGAAAUACUGCGUUCUGUUGAUGACGACUGAUGAAGAGACGUAUUCCUCUGGGAACCAGGAAUUCCUCUCGUUUGCGUCGACCAACACAAGGGAUGUUGUGAGGUUCGCUUAUGUGUACCAGCGGCUGCAGCAACAACUCUGUGACAUCCUCAUGCACGGCCAGGACAGCGCUCAGUCGACGCCGCAGGUGGUGAUACUGGAGAGGCGAAACACAGCUGGAAAAGCUCUGUUCAAGCCGGUUACGGCCUGGAACGGCAGCGAGGAGGACAAGCUGCGUCUCCUGGAGGAACUGGAACGACUUCAGAAGGACCCGUCCAUCCUCGUACACGACGCCAUGCUGCCUGAACUCAACAACGAGUUUGCUUCGAUGUUUGUCGUCCGGUGGAUAUAUGCAUCUUACGACUACCUCUCAGAAGUUAUUGACGAUAUUCUUCAUAACAACUGGCGUGAGAUGAUGCCUCUUCUGUCCCUCAUCUUCUCUGCUUUGUUCAUCCUGUUUGGGACCGUGGUGAUCCAAGCCUUCAGUGACUCCAGUGAAGAUAAGCAGAUGAAACCGAAGGUGAAGGAUGGAACUAACGCAGAAAAUGGAUCAUCAGGGAGGCAAGAAUACUCCUCAAGCAACCCUGGAUCGAUAUCAAAGACUUACGCUGGUUUUUUUUUUUUAAAGCUUUGUGUUGCUAUUCGUUUUAGCCGAGCCCCAAAGAAGAAUUUUGUGGAGGUGACGGAGUUGACCGACAUCACCUACAUCAGCAACCUGGUGAAGCUGAGGCCUGGACACAUCAAUAUAGUGCUGGUUCUCACUGAUGCCUCCAAAAAUAUCCUUCUCAGCAAGUUUGCCAAAGAGGUGUAUUCUUUCACAGGUACCCAGACGCUGCACUUCUCCUUCCUGAACCUCGACAAGCACAGCGAGUGGAUGAGCACGCUGCUGGAAUACGCGCAGGACGCGGCGCAGAUCGACGCAGACGAGGACGACGGCGGGAGCCGUAAAACGGACUACACCGGGUUCGUGCUGGCCCUGAACGGCCACAAAAAGUACUUGUGUCUCUUCAAGCCGGUCUACACCGGAGAGGACCUCGACGGAAAGUCAUCUGAAGACGAAGCCGGGACGUCAGUGGGCAAGCCGAGGUCCGGUUCCCGUGACGGUCAUCCUCAACGCAAGUCCAGUCGAUCCCGCAGCACAUCCACCCUGCAGAUUCACCACAAACUGGACCGUCUGGGGCUUUGGAUGGAAAGACUCAUGGAGGGCACCUUGCCUCGCUACUACGUUCCUGCCUGGCCAGGGCUCGAUAAGAUCACCCCAAGUAAGUAGAUCAGAGUGGAAAGGCUUCAUAUUCAACUCCUGUGACUCUGAUAUAGCUUCUUGUAUGAAGGAGGUUUGGCUAAAUAUGCCCCGUUUUCUAUUAUAGACCUUUAAUGGAGCAAAUUUCUGAUUAACAGAAUAAACAUAAGUUAACCUUUGAGGAGCUCACCUCAACUCUGCAGCUGCACACAAUACCAUGCCCCGCUGUCACACUCUCAUAAUGUUGUGUUCUUUUUACACUUUACUCAAACAUUAAAAUGGAAUAAUAAAAUUACUGUGGCCACCUCCUGCUCCUGCUGACCAUGGGUCAGCAAGUCAGAAGCUGUGCAACGUAAACAAUCCAUUUUCAGAUAGUCACAGAAAGGCUGAAGAUGGGGAAUUUCACUUCCUGCUGCCUUGCGUCUGAUAUUUGUGCUGCUGUGGUGCAAAUCGCUUGUGGCUGAUGUUGUUGGUUUUGGAAAGUUCUCAUGAAACCCAUGUAAUUAUUUAAGCACUCAUGAAGCUGUGUUCAAAGAAAAAAACUGUGAAUAAAGAUGCAUGAAACUAAUAUUUAAUGUCUUGGCCUUUUUAUGCAUCUAAAAAAAAUAUUAGAUUAUGUAGAUUAUACUGCUGUAAUGAUCUGAAGGUGCACGCUGUGGUCUUCCUCGGUCCUCUGCUCCGGCAGAAGCGGAAAACAUGCUCUUGCUUUUGUUAGAUGCAAAGUUUAUUAUACCUGUGAACAUUUAACAAAUGAGUUUUUCAAAAGACCUUUCUGUCGCUUUCUCCUGCUUAAAUCAACUCAACAGACAGUAGCUUCUUGUAGCCUUGAACCCGACAGCAUUUGUCAAAGACUUGCAUAUUUUCUAGGAGACACAACAGUUUACUGGUACACCGUCCUCCGUCCAGGAGCCAAAGUGAAACUGUUUGAUACGUUUUUCUAAUAAUUUCAACAGAUGCUGUUUAAAUUAGUUGGCUAUUGCGUACUGCAAUCAUGUGGUGUUUGUAACUUAAAAAACUGUGUCCUUGGAAACUCGUUGAAAUGUUUAUGUUAUUUGAUUCUGUGGGACAUUUAUAUAUAUAUAAUUUUUAAAAAUGCUACGGUAAAUUGUUCCAGGUUGUGUCAAAUUCAUUUAAUGUGUUGUAAUUCAGCCCAUUUUAUUUGCCCAGGGCAGCAAACAGGUUUACUAAUAAAUACAAGAGUUGUGAAUUUA